UAUUUUCAUAACCUCUCAGAUUGCUUCACACACCAUCAGAUUCAUAAAACUAUUUUAAAAUUAAUACCUAAUUCAAAUGGCAGUAGCAAAUGCACAGUGGUCAAACAAUGUUCUUCUUAUUAAUGUUAUAUGUUUUCAUAAGAUACAUCAAGGCGUACUUUGCUCCAAGGACUAAAGUUGUUUAUAAAAAUAGUAAUUUUAUAAUUAUAGACAAGGAUUUUGAUUUAAAAAUUAAUAGUAACGACAAAAAUGAAAACACAGUCCAGAAGUUUAUGAAGAACAAAUACCCAGGCCUGGCUAACAAAUUAUUAACUCAUGAAUUUUAUUUUGUGCAUCGACUAGACUUUGCUACUAGUGGACUGAUGUGCAUUCCUGCUAAUAAGCACUCAUGUAGAAUUAUAUCAGAUGCAUUUGCUAGAAGAACAGUUAAAAAAUAUUAUGUUGCUUUAGUCCGUGGUUUAUUCUCUGAAGAAGUAGUUGAUGUAGAUGUGUCUAUUGGACAAGAUCUCAGGUUUUUGGAGAUUGAAAAAAUGUGCACUGCCAAUUCGAAAUUCUGUAUUAGGCCCAGAUUAUCAAGAACAGUAUUUUUGGUACUGGAAUAUGGUUUGUAUGGCAAUUACCCCUGUACAAAAAUACUAAUUAGACCUGUUACUGGAAGAAGACAUCAAAUUAGGGUACACUGUAACUAUUUAGGACACACCAUUGUUGGUGAUUAUACCUACAGUAACAGAAAGGAUUCUGAUCCGCACAGAAUGUUUCUCAAUUCCACAAGACUAUGUUUUCCUUAUGAAGCUGAAUCUUAUGACUUUUUGAUAGAAGACAAUUUCACAAAAGACUGGAAAAGUUUGGGAGUGAUCAACAAAUUCAAUAAUGAAACCUUUGCCAAACUAGAUGAAUUAAUAUGAACAUGUUUUAAUAAAUAACUGUUGUGAUAUUUCAUAUUUAUUGUAGACUAAUAUAAAAAUAAUAAAUUAUUAUUAUAUUUUUA